CAAGGAUUACAUGCUGUGUGAUACAUUAAAAAUUCCUAUCAGUUUGAAGAUGACUCAGGAAAUACCCAGCUCGUUCGCAGGAACGAUAUUAAUUUGCAGGACUUCUUGAGAGGCUUAACAUUAAAUACCACUUUUAAGUGUAACGAUUCGUUAUACAUAACAUAACUUUACAUUAUACAAAAUAUUCAACCUAUGACGCAAUCCGUGGUUUUGAUAACUGGCUGUACUGAAGGCGGUAUUGGCUAUGGUCUAUGCGAGGAAUUUGUAAAGCAAAGAUGCAGAGUGUAUGCGACUGCAAGACGUGUUGAAAGUAUGGGGGCACUUCAAGGCUGCGAACUGUUGGCUUUGGACGUUACGAAUGCUGCGUCGAUUGAAUCGACUGUUCAGAAAGUGAUUGACGAAGCUGGUCAUAUUGAUAUUUUGAUUAACAAUGCUGGUGCACCUGGUGUGGACCCAUUGUUGGACAUCGACAUGGAUGAUGCACGCCAAUGCUUUGAAGUCAACGUAUUUGGUCUGCUUAGCAUGUGCCGUGCAGUAGCUAGACAUAUGGCCAAACGCGGAUCAGGCAAGAUUGCCAAUGUUGGUUCCAUUGUUGGCUAUGCUUCCACUCCUUGGGCCGGUGUCUAUGCUGCAUCUAAAGCGGCGGUGCAUUCUUUGACGGAUACCUUACGUAUGGAACUGUCGCCGUUCGGUAUCCAAGUAACCGUGGUUGCUCCUGGAUCGAUCAAGUCGAACUUUGGCAAGAAUGCAACCAACAUGGUUAGCGUACCGGAAGAUUCAUUUUAUCUAUCCGUUGUCAAAUACAUUUAUGCACGAGCAAAUAUGUCACAAGGUCCCCAUUCAACGCCUACGAGCGUGUUUGCUGCACACGUUGCGAAUAAGCUUUUGAAACGAUCGUCUCCUCGCUAUGUCACCUAUGGCACCAACUCGUGGACAUUCUUGCUAUUCUACUAUCUCCCCGUUUUCGUCAAGGAGUACAUCUUGGGCAAAAGACUCGGUAUUCGAGAAGUCAAGCCAAUUGCCAAUAAAGACAAUUAGAGAAUGGCCGACGAAAACGGUGCUCUCUUGCAGA